AUGCAUCAAACGCCCGGGGCCCCGCUGCCCCCGCUGCCUCCCGGGCCCCUGCCGCCCCGCGGACCCUUCGUGCCCAUCAUUCAGCAGGCCUUCGAUCAGAACCCGGACGGCUCCUACCGCUGGAGCUACCAGUCGGCGGACGGCAGCGCGCAGGAGGCGACGGGCACCGUGACCAACCCGGGCACGCCGGGGCAGUCGCUGGCCGUGCAGGGCUCCUACCAGUACCAGAGCCCCGAGGGCCCCGUGCAGGUGGCGUACAUCGCGGACGACUACGGCUACCAGCCCACCGGCAACGUGGUGCACCCGUCCAUCCAGCGCGCCGUGGCCUACCAGGUGGCCCUGGCCAAGUCCGAGCCGCCGGGCCUCUACAACGAGGCCGGCUUCCCCGUGGGGCCCGUGCCGCCCGUGCCCCCCGUGGGGCCGCUCGCUGGGGGCCCCCCGUUCCAGGGGCCGCUGCCGCUGCCGGGGCCGGGUGGCCCGGGUGGCCCGGUGCGACGGUGAGGCCACCCGGACGAGCAGCCAGCCAGCACACUGCCAAAUUCGAAUAAAGGAACAAACCCGAAACAA